AUGCCUGAAGAAGAUUCAGAAGAUUCUUACCUGAGUGCAAAAUUCCAGAUCUCAGCUUACCUGUUCUGCUGGGCUCUGCUCAGACUCUACCAGAGAGGAUUACGAGCGUCUCCGGAUCUCUCACAGGCUGCAGCUCCUGAGGAUCCUGCUGAAGAGGCCGAGCAACCAGAAGAUCAUCAGGAGCUGGAUGAAGCCCAGGACGUGACUGAGGAGUAUUUUGACAGUCAGUCGUGGUGCAGUGACGGUGCAGACUCAGCUGGAGAUCACGUGGACGUUUCUUCACCUGAACGCUUCUCUGGACUCAGGAAACACGACUCCUGUCGUUCUUCAGGCUUUCAUCAGGACGAGGAUGAAGGACGGGAGGAGGAACCGCUCGUUGGUGACUCUGCUGCGGUGACGUUAGAUUCCGGUUCAGGAGUCGUGGAUUGUUCGUGUCCUGAGGAACCUCAGGCUGAUGUUUCUGAUUCAACCUCAAAAGACUCGACAGGUUCUCAGACAGAACUCAGAGGAGACAUUUCACAUUUAGAUGUUGAGAGUGGAGAUCAUUCUCCUAAAUCCUGUUCAGGUCUCAGAAAGCACCAUGAUUUUUCUCAAUCGACAAGCCAAACUGUACUUGAUGUUCUCCAGACUGAGACCCAUGAGGAGCAGGUCAUGGUACCACCGGUGGGUUACUGUGACUCAGAGGUUUUAGAUCCAGGAGGAGUUAAAGUUCUAAACUGUUCAUCUGGUGAAGAAGCUGGACCUUUUUCUACUAGCAGAUCUGAGAUGAUUCCUAAUAACCUGACAGAUCUCGUUCUCACGUCUUCUAAAGAUCAAAAUGAAGCAGGACCUCCGUUAGACAGCAGCACAGACCAUGUGAACUUCCCUUCUACUGAGUGUUCUUCUGACCUCAGAACACUACGUCCCUCAUGUUCAGAGGGAGAACAUGCGACUGCUGAUGGUCUACAACUGACCAUGGAUGAAGAUCUUCUCAUGGUGGCUCCUACAUGUGACUCUGGUUCAAUGGUUUUGGAGGAUUCAGGGCUGGUAGAACAUUGUUCACCUGAUGAAGACGCUGACAUCCCUGACACAUCAUCAGACGAGGAAACAGAGCUCCUGUUGGACAGCACUUCUCAUCAUGUGGAAACUUCUAAACGUUUACUCGACCUCAGAAAGCUGGAACCUUCUCGGACGGAAGGCCAGCUCACAGAUGAUCCUCUCCAAACGGAUGAAGAUAGAUGUCAGCUCACGGUCUCGCAGCUGUGUGACUCCAGUGCAGUGAUUUUAGAUGAUUUAGGCUGUGAAGAAGCUAAGAAUCCAACCCUGGAGGAACCUUCCAUGUCUCAGGCUGGAGUUCCUGACACGACAUCAAGAACCAGUCCAGCACCACCAGACAGAAGUGAAGCAGAGCUCCAGUUAGACCACCAUCCUGAUUUAGAAGGUUCAGACAGAGAUCACGAGAGCAUCACUUCUUCCUCAGAAGGUCGACAUGAAGUUGUUGAUCGUCUACAAAUGAAAACAGACGGAGAGCCAGACACAGUGCUGCUGUCCUUCAACUCUAGUGCAACAGUCGUAGAUGAUUCAGGAUGUGAAGAAGUUUUAAGUUCUUCUCAUCCACAGGAAGCUGGAUUUCCUUUACUUCUGAAGACUUGCUCUUCUGACACGUCAAGUCUUCUCAAAGGUUCCAACAAUGCACCGACAGAUGAAGGUGACGCAGUUCCUGAGUCUGAGUUAGGAGCCCCGAGCAGAGAUGUCAGCCAUUCUUCUCAUGAAUGUUCUCCUGGACAUAAAACGCUGGACUCUUCUCCUCCACAAUUCCACCAGACAGUUCCUGAUAGUCUUCAGAUGAACAUGGAUGACGGGCAGGUCAUGAGGAAGCUGCUCAUCCAUCCGUCUCUCAGGUUAACGUAUCAGACGUUCAGUUCAGCAGCACUUCUGAGUUAG